UGAAAUAUACAAACAUUGAUGAAAGCCAUACAUUCGACCAUGUCUUGCAUUUUAAAGAAAACCUCCCGCUCAAAACGGAUCGGUAUGAAAAUUAUAGGAACGUCAGGUUUCUCUCGUUUGGAAAAAAAGAAGAGAAUUCCAGGUUGCUGCAGUUUCCGACAACCGCCACGAAGAAAAUGCCAGGGCCAGGACCGCACCUCAUGUAUGCAAUGAGCUCUGGCAUAGCUCUGACGCACCUCACCAAGGGGCGUUUCACGCCUCACCACACCCUCAUUUACGCUCUCAACGCCUUCUUCGGCCCAGACAUGGGCUCCUUCUCUGAAUGGCUGAGCUCCACUUUCUUUGACGGAAAUUCCGUCGUCUCUUCUUUAGGCGAUGAAAUCCAUCACCCUUUUUAUUAUGUGGUGAUUCUUGGUUUUCCUUUAUGCGUUUUCUAUUCUUGGCUAUCAAACGAAUUGGUGGGAACAAGGAUACUUGAUUAUGGUUAUGGGGUGCCACUUUCAAGGUUGCAGGCCUUAUUCUUGAUAGCAGCUGGUUCAUUAUCACACUUUUUUCUUGACCACUUAUUUGAGGAAGAUGGUCACACAAAAAUGUAUACUUGGAUAAUGAGCACCGGCUGGUGGAUAAACCGAGCACCUGUCAACCCAGAUGCUGUCAUAGUAGUUGGCUUCUUAUGCAUUUGUUUGAUUGGCGGCUUCAUUUACAUCAACAGUUCAAAGUUAAGAAAGUCAACUGCGAGAAAACAAUCAUGUGAAUCAAUGAAAUUGAUACUGAUUAUAGGAAGCCUGUACUGCUUAUGGUGUGCAAGCCAAAUAUAUUGGAUGAGCCCUCGUCGCCCACCGGUUGGCGAAGAAGCUGAUCUUGGAGUUCUCGUAUUUAUGGCCAUCUACUUUCUUCUUCCUCACUGGCUCUGUAUUUUAUCCAUGGACCCUAUUCAUCUUCGCACACAACGCUUCCCUGUAUAGUUUGCAUUCUGAGGCAGGGUGAUCAUUGCUCCCCCUACAGAAUUUGAAUGGGAUUAUUUCACUCGGCUUCUUGUACUAUAUGAUCCUAAAUUAAUCCCUAUACUCACAUUGUGACUAAUUUAAUUUCUUUUUAAGGAAACAUGUAAAAUGAAUAGAUUUAAAGUGACAUGAUU